AGUACUCAGUGAUUGAUGAAUUCGGUUUUAGUACACUCUGAAGCAGUUUUACCUAUGUCCGUAUGAUAGCGGUACUGGAUCAAGUAGGACAGAAUUUUCUUCUCGAAAUCCACGAAGAUCUAGAUUAGUUAUUUUUGACUGCUUAAGAAGUCAUAUGUUAUUUAAAAAAUAAAAAUGUAUUUGAUUUUAGUUUUGUAAUAUUCUGAUGCGAAUCAAUGACAAUGAGUCACGUGAUAUGUUUCCGGUCGAGCCACCAGGAAGGCUGUCAAGCUAGUUUAGCUAGACAUGUUUUAUCAGGUUUUAUACGAAAUAGCAAGAAGACAAAUGGCUUUCUGUAGCUUGUGUUAUCAAUACCAAAUGGAUUUUCAACGUCUAUCUGCAUUUUAAAGUAACAUCGUCUUCUUUAAUCACGUCUUGAUUUGACGGGUUAGCUUAAGGCCAGCAGCAGACUGCGGCUAAGCUAAAGGUGGUGGUGUUGCCAGUGACUAUGCAAGGCGAAACCACGUCAAUACGAAUCACGGAAAACGAAGGAAAACUGGAUGUAUUUCCCCAGAACAGGACUCCAAGCUCGGGUAGAGCAAGUGCCAAGAGCUGGCAGUAUAGUGACCAUAUGGAGAAUAUCGAUGGCUACUUGAUGAAGUAUACCAACCUCGUGACAGGCUGGCAGUAUAGGUUCUUUGUCUUAAACAAUGAGGCGGGGUUGCUGGAGUACUUUGUCAAUGAGCAGUCCCGGCCUCAGAAACCUCGUGGCAUGCUCCCCCUGGCCGGGGCAGUCAUCUCCCCCAGUGACGAGGACUCUCAUACAUUCACUGUCAAUGCCAUCAGUGGAGAACAGUACAAGCUAAGGGCCACAGACGCCAAAGAGAGGCAACACUGGGUGAGCAGACUGCAAAUCUGCACACAGCAUCACACUGAGGCCAUGGGGAAGAGUAAUCCUCCACCUAAGUCGCGCAGCUACUCGAUGGUGUCUCAAGGCAGCAGCAGCUCACCCAUGUCUCUGCGUCGACCUAGCCAGAAUCCCACCUCCUUAUUCCACUGGCAAAUGCACAAGGGCUCAUCACUGUACUCCAGCAAGCGUUCCCUGCUGCCAGACCACCUAAUGGAUGCCAGAGAAAUGAUGAGCCAGGCUCAAAGCCAGCACAAAGACCUGAUCCAGGGCAUAGAGGGCCUACCUGCAGGUCCUGGACUUUCCGCUUUGGACCAGGACCUGCUAAUGCUCAAGGCUACCUCCAUGGCCACCAUGACCUGCCUCAACGAGUGCCUACAUAUCCUGAACCUGCAGCAGGUGGCCAGGCAGAGCGGUUCGAUGGGAGGAUCCACCAUUGAGUGGCUGGAGCCCAAGCUGCCUGAAAUCCUGAAGAAUGGCAGCAGUUCAAUGGGCAGCUUCACAACAGGAGAGGGCAUGCUGGAGGAAGGAUGUCUGGAGCUCAGCAGCCCGGAGUCCUGCAGUUUCUCUGGGGAGCAAGAAGACAUUGAUGCUGAGGAUGAGAUAAUGGACUCUGUCACAGAGAAAGAGGAGGACCUGUGUGCAGUGGAGGAGGAGCGCAGUGUCAUUCUACACCUGCUCUCGCAGCUGAAGCUGGGCAUGGACCUCACGCGGGUUGUUCUGCCCACCUUCAUCCUGGAGAAGCGUUCUCUAUUGGAGAUGUACGCAGACUUCAUGUCGCACCCAGAACUCUUUGUGGCUAUCACCGACGGUAGCACCCCAGAGGACCGUAUGGUCCGCUUUGUGGAGUACUACCUCACCUCCUUCCACGAGGGCCGCAAGGGUGCCAUUGCCAAGAAGCCCUACAACCCCAUCAUUGGCGAAACUUUCCACUGCUCCUGGAAAGUCCCCAAGACACCAGAGGGCCCUUUUGCUGAUUCCCCACAAGGAAGCCCUGACCCCACGGCUUCCCAGGAUUCCUACCAAGUGCGCUUUGUGGCGGAGCAAGUAUCCCAUCACCCUCCUGUGUCUGGGUUCUACGCAGAAUGCCAGGAGAGGCGCAUGUGUGUAAACACUCACGUGUGGACUAAGAGCAAGUUCAUGGGCAUGUCCAUUGGAGUCUCCAUGAUCGGGGAAGGUUGCCUAACUUUGCUGGAACAUCAUGAAGAGUACAGCUUCACGUUGCCAUGCGCAUAUGCACGCUCCAUCCUCACGGUCCCUUGGGUAGAACUGGGGGGCAAAGUCAACAUCUCUUGCGCCAAGACAGGCUACGCUGCAAUCAUCACUUUCCAGACAAAGCCCUUCUAUGGUGGCAAACUGCACAAAGUAACAGCAGAGGUGAAGCACAACCCAACCAAUGUGGUCGUGUGCCGCAUUCAGGGUGAGUGGAAUGGCGCUCUGGAAUUUGCUUAUACCAGUGGGGAGACCAGGGUGGUUGAUGUCACCAAACUGCCUGUAACAAAAAAGUGGGUUCGGCCCAUCGAGAAGCAAGGACCAACUGAAUCCAGGCGUUUGUGGCAGCAUGUUACGGAGGCCUUGCGGCAGAAAGACAUCGACAAAGCCACCGAAGACAAGAGGGUCCUAGAAGAGAGACAGCGGUCUGAGGAGAGACACCGGGCUGAGACAGAAACCUCUUGGAGGACCAAAUAUUUUGACAGGGAGGGUGAUGGCUGGAUUUAUCACAAACUACUCUCCAAAAACUCUGCUGUUAAAUCCUAGUUUUAUCUCUGCUGUGGUCGAUUUGCCUGUGGAAUGAGAGCAAGAUGACCUACACCCACAAACAGAUGGACUCAUAAUAUUCACAAAGCCUCCAAGCUUUUGUCCUGAUUAUAUAGCUACAUUAUCCAACAACCAGCCACAACAUUAUGACCACUUGCACAAUAUAAUGGUAUCCAAUACCAGAGCUGUCUUUCCAAUGACCGUAAUGUUUAGUUUUCAGUGACACCUGUCAGAUCGGUCUUAAUUUAACAAUAUACUCAUUGUAGUUAGAACUGUACUGCAUCAUCAUGAGAGCGGUGUCUAAAAUAUUAGUUAACUCUAAGUAGUUACAGGAGUGCAGCUCUCGUGUUGGAAAUAAUUAUAUUGUUUCAGUGUACAUAAUCUACUGUCAAUAAAACUUGUUCUUGUACAGGUAUUCUAUAGCCUUAAAUAGUCAGAUGGACGAGGACUGAUCUAGCCAGAUUAUCACAGAUUGAGUAUGCAUUGACUCUGAGGGAAUGCCCAUGCCCCCCAUCGUUUUAUGUCCUUUGUUGUAUUGCAAUGGAUGAAAGAACUUCAUGUAAAUGCAUGCUAGACCUCUUGCAUCUGCAUUACACACAUUUAUACAAUAUAUUAAAGGUUUUUAACCAAUUGUGCUUGUUUUGUAAUGGAAUAAAUACAAUUUUCUUUAAA